CAGUGACGACACCGAAGGUUCCGGAAACUGAGCGGGCGCUAAUUUAAAGCGGUUCUCGCUGGCUUGAGCUCCGGCGGGUAGCCGAGCCUGGACCAGGCUGUGGCGGCUGGUGACAGCUUCUCGACCAGCUCACACAGUAGAAGAAGCGGCCGAGGAAAGGUGCCGCCGCAGAGAAGGUGCAGAAGAGGCCCUAGAACCUUUUCAAAAAAUGGAGGAAAACAUGAAGCUUGCCACCGUGGAAGACACAGUGGAGUACCGCCUGUUCCUGAUACCAGAUGAACGAAGGGACCCAGAAAAGCAUAAAGAGAUUCUUGAGAAGUCUAUUGAAAGGAUCAUGACCCAGUUUGCUCCCAUGCUGGUCUCCUAUAUCUGGCAGAAUCAACCUUUCAAUCUCAGAUAUAAACCUGGGAAAGGAGAUGUUCCUGCUCAUAUCUUCGGUAUGACAAAGUUUGGGGAUAACAUUGAGGAUGAAUGGUUUAUUGUUUAUUUAAUAAAGCAGAUUACAAAGGAAUUUCCAGAAUUAGUAGCAAGGAUUGAAGACAAUGAUGGUGAAUUCUUGUUAAUAGAAGCUGCUGACUUUCUCCCUAAAUGGUUAGAUCCUGAUAAUAGUGCCAACAGGGUGUUUUUCCACCAUGGGGAGUUGUGCAUUAUUCCUGCACCAAGGAAACCUGGAGCAGAAUCCUGGUUACCCACCUCACCCCCAACAAUCCCACAGGCAUUGGAUAUAAUCUCAACACAUCUGGAAAAAGUUGUGGCUUCAGAAUCUAUACGAGCUGCUGUAAACAGGCGCAUCAGAGGGUACCCAGGAAAAAUUGAAGCCUCCCUUCAUAGAGCACACUGCUUCCUUCCAGCUGGCAUUGCAGCAGUACUGAAGCAGUGCCCCAGACUGGUGGCUGCAGCGGUCCAGGCGUUCUACCUGCGGGACCCCAUUGAUCUGCGAGCCUGUCGUGUUUUUAAGACAUUUUUGCCUGAAACACGAAUAAUGACAUCGGUCACUUUCACUAAAUGUCUGUAUGCACAGUUGGUACAACAGAGGUUUGUGCCCGACCGGCGGAGUGGAUACGGGCUGCCUCCUCCAUCUCAUCCCCAGUACCGAGCCCAUGAAUUGGGCAUGAAGUUGGCUCAUGGAUUUGAGAUCUUGUGCUCCAAAUGUAGCCCACAUUUUUCUGACUCCAAGAAAUCCCUCAAGACUACCUCACCACUCUGGGCCAGUUUCCUCAAGAGUCUGAAAAAGAAUGAUUACUUUAAGGAACUGAUAGAAGGUUCAGCUCAGUACCAAGAAAGGCUUGAAAUGGCAAAGAACUACUUCCAACUCUCAGUAAACCGGCCAGAAAGUUCUCUUGCUAUGAGCCCAGGUGAAGAAAUCUUAACCUUAUUACAAACAACACCAUUUGAAAUAGAGGAGCUUAAGAAAGAGGAGGCUGAUCUUCCCCCAGAGGAUGAUGAUAAAUGGUUAGAUCUCUCACCAGAUCAGUUGGACCAGCUACUGCAGGAAGCUGCUGGCAAAAAAGAAUCACAAUCCAUUUCCAAGGAGGAAGAGGAACAGAACUAUGACUUAAAUCAAGUGUCAAAGAGCAUGAAAGCUUUCAUAUCCAAAGUCUCAACCCACAAGGGAGCAGAGCUGCCUCGAGAACCUUCAGAGGCUCCAAUCACUUUUGAUGCAGAUUCUUUUCUUAAUUAUUUUGAUAAGAUUUUAGGGCCAGGGCCUCAUGAGUCAGACUCUGAUGAUCUGGAGGAGGAAGAUUUUGAAUGUUUAGACAGUGAUGAUGACUUGGACCUUGGAAUGCAGGAACCUGGAGAAGAGGCCUCUCUGAAAGGAACUCUGGAUAAUCUCAAGUUAUACAUGGCCCAGAUGGACCAGGAACUGGCACACACCACCAUUGGCAAAAGUUUCACCACCCGGAAGCAAGCAGAACCUGCAUCCCAAACUACCGAUAACAAUUCAGAUGAGGAAGAUUCUGGUGCAGGAGAACCUGUUUUGGCACCAGUGGAUGUAGACUUGAACCUGGUUUCAAACAUCCUGGAAUCCUAUAACUCUCAAGCUGGACUGGCAGGACCCGCUUCCAACCUCCUCCACAGCAUGGGAGUGCAGCUGCCUGACAACACAGAUCACAGACCUACCAGUAAGCCGACAAAGGACUAAUGAGCACACCUUGUUUCUCUUUUUCUUUUUAAAUAAAUACUGAGUCUCAAUGUUUUCCUUUCUAGUUUAGAUAACUCAUUUAGUAAAAAUGUUUCUUCAUUACAAGUUU